AUGGGUCCUUGUCUUGUGAACUCAACAAUAAGCAAGCUGUUUCCUUUGAAUCUUUCCUCAAAAAAGAGUACUCAUAUUAGUCUCCGUUCCGAUUUGAAUGGUGUAUUCAAUAUUUUGCCGAAGGAAUUCGAAAUCCUCCAGGAAAUGCCCACAGAAAUGCAGGUCAAAUUUAGACCUCCAGUUAGUGGAGAGUUCAAGACAAUAUUUCAAGUUGAGUCGAGCAAUCAAUGUGUUGGCGAGAUUGUGUGUUACGGUUACGGGGAAGACCUUCAAGUGGAUUUAGUGGAAGAAACGAAUGACGAAAAUGCAUGGCUUCUUGGGAAAGAGUUACAUAAUGAUGGCUACAUAACUGGUUAUUGCCAGUUACCAGAUGUGUAUCCAGGCUUUCAACUUGAACGUCAACUUAAGUUGAGAAAUGAAGGAAAUGUGACGCUUUGCAUGCAUCUCGAUAAAGAAGACGGUGCCCCGGAGGACUUGCCAUCAGAUUUCAGCACAUCUUUCGAGGAAUUAAUACUUUUGCCAAAGUCUUUUAUCCGCCUAAACGUAACGUUCUGCUCUGAGAAGCUCGGAAAACAUGACACGACUCUAACCAUCCGCGCAGCACAAAUCCAAUGUGAAGAGAUAUUUGAGGUGUUAAAGCUUUGCGCUUCCACGACUGUUACCUCAUCGGUAAUCACUUUAUCACCGGAGGCUAUUACUCUGCCAGAUCCUGUCAUUUUGACGGAAACAGCAAGGAUUGAAGUUAAGAUGUCGAAUCCCUCUGCCACCUGUCCAGUAGGCUUCUGUUGGACGUUACCACGAUCCGAUGAGGAGGAUUCUAGCAUUUCAUUCUGUCCAGAAAGUGGGCUACUCCUGGCGCUAGAGACAAGGACAGUCAACAUUUCAAUAACACCCAAGGGACUGGGUCAAAUGCAGUACUUGCUGCCCUGUAAACUAAGUGAGAGUGCAGAGACCACAGUCCUCUUGCGAAUUUCAUGUGAAGUUAUUUCGCCAUCAGUUGAGCUUAAAACGGAUCUUCUUGACUUUGGAGUGGUGUGUCCGGACCAAAGCCUUACAAAGGAGACGUGCCUGCGUAAUUCCUCCUCCACUUCGCUAACGUGGUCUACUAACUGCCCACAAGAGAGAGAUUCACCAUUUUCCAUCAGACCUUCAAGGGGCACUAUUAAACCAAAACAAGAACAGCCGAUCUGGGUAAAAUUCCAUCCACAAAGUGUUGAUUACUUCCAGGAGGAAGUCGAAUUCAGGGUGGAAGGAGCCCCGCUACCUCCAAGAACUCUCAGCUUGAUGGGAGAUGCCCAAAUUGCGAAUGUCACAAUGGAACCCCAAGAAAUUCAAAUUGACAAACUCUAUGUAACUAUUCCUCGGAGUUUUGACAUAAAAUUGAAGAAUCCUAGUCCGGUGCCAGCCAAAUUUUGCUGGCUAACAGAGAAUAUCAGGGACUACGUAUUACCAUGCACCAUAGAUGGGAUGUCUGACCCGCUUGAAUUUAAAAUAUCUGCGGCUGUUUUGGGACUCUCUUGCAGGAUAUCCAUGCCGCCAAACGGUACUACAAUGAAAAAUGACGAAAUUCCCGAAGGCAGCGGUUCUGUUCAUCUAAAUCACCAAAUUUUCGAGGCUGAUGGUCCUGCAAUCGAGUUUACGCCAAUGGGUCUUUGGAUGCCUCGCAAAGUCUACGUAACAGUCGAAAAUACUUCCGCAGUUCCAGCAGUUUUUACCUGCAAACUUGAUCACUUCCAGUCCCAAGAGCAGGUCCCUCUCAACAUCGAAAUAGUUCAGCGCGAAGACACUCAGACUCAAAGCGCUAAGGCUUAUGAGUUUUGCAAACAGCUGUUGAAGACAAAGUGGGCCUUUGCAAUUUCGGUCUAUCCGAGUUCGUCCUCAAUCAACCCUUUGGCUCAUGAGACCAUUACGAUUCGUCUAAUCGGAUGUGCCGAAAUUUUCGGUGAAUUUCACGACACGUUGAAAAUAAGCGUUCUGCCUCUAAAGAAAUAUGAGGCUGAACCCGGAGCCCUCAUUGCGAGGCUUCCAGUAAUUGCACGGGCUUAUGGCAGUCCGGUUGAUUUCCUCAUGGCAACGAAAUCUAUGAAUAAGGAGGAUUUCAAUGAAUGCCUAAAUGCUGUGGUGAUGGAUGCCAAGCUCUCUGAGCUUCUGCUGUCCUAUAUUCCAGCAUGCGAAAGGACCGCUGCCUUAGGCUUUAUUUCUAGCAUUACAGGAAAAAGAGAACAGGAAGUAAAACUGAGAAAUAACUCCUCAUUCACUGUCAGACUUGACUGGCAUCUCUACUGCUAUGAAAAUCGUGGUGAUGAUCGCCUUCUCGAUCUUUGCACCGCUGUGAAUGACCAGACGCAUUUCACUGAUGGUCAAACUAAAUCAACACAUGCUUCGGGCGAGCAUGAGGCAAAACCCUCUAUCUCACUCCCUCUACGACCCCAAGGGAGUUACGCAGUCUUAAGGUCAUAUGCAACAGCUGGUAGACUUAUUGAGCCAAUGGGGAUUAACGAAAGUGGAAUAACCCUUUUUCCACUUCAAACCAUUAUUCCAUCCCAUAGAGAAGCCUCUACAUUUGUAAGCAUUGAUGGACGUAUUGCCAGUUUGCAGAAAGAGACAAAAAUAGAGGCCUACGCUCAAGGUUUCAUUUCCAUCGAAAAGGCAGAAGAUAAUGUUCGCUUGCUAGAACCCCUCUUUCUUCCACAUCUGCGUUUGAAUUUGAAGGCAACUGUUACACAACCUACUGUCACUCUCGAAUACGGCGAUGAAAUAGGUGUCCCUGUGAGAUUACCGCCCUGCCCAGCAGAAUGCACCCCCAAAUCCUUCCAAAUCAUUAUCCGGGCCGAGGAUUUCAUCCUCUCCACGUCACUAUUUUCCUCAAUCCAACAAAAAUCCAGUGGAAGGCAAGGAGAUGAGGACCAACUGCUUAUUCUCGAGUACAAUAAAAGCCCCGGAGCUCCUCAGCACCUGGCCGACCGAAUUUGGUGCUUUCGUCGUUUGGCUGUCAGAAACCUUAGUCCCUACCCCGUAGCUGUCCAAGCAGAAGCGAGCGAGGGAGAAUUCUUUUUCAAAGAAGACGUUCAACUUAAAGCGCGACAUCACUCACAUGUCAUAGAGAUCCUGAACUCACCGCAAACCAAAGAACAACUGCAUUCAAAGAAGUGGCUGAAAGUAGCUGCGAAUGAUACGCAAUACAAAUUGAUGGAAGAAGAAGUCAGUGAGGUAUCCAACCUUAAGGACACAUAUUACCACGUGGAACCCCUGUGA